AUGGAUCAGUCCAUUAUUCGGAUCUCCAAGGAGCUGAGCGACAUUCAAAGAGGCUCUGAUCUUGCCAUCGCUGUCGCCUGCCGUGAUAUCGAUGUCCGCAAUGUAAAGGCUUUGGUCAUGGGUCCUCACGAGACCCCUUACGAAUUUGGCUUCUUUGAAUUUGCCAUUCGUUUUAGCAGAGAGUACCCAUCCAAGUCACCCAACGUGCAAUGCGUUACUACCAAUGGCGGUAGAUGCCGACUGAACCCAAAUAUCUAUGCCAAUGGCAAAGUUUGCUUGUCGAUAUUGGGAACAUGGCGCGGAGAACGAGGAGAAGAAUGGUCAUCAGCCCAGGGCCUUGAGUCUAUUCUCCUAUCCAUUCAGAGCCUCUUGUCCUCAAACCCGUAUGAAAACGAACCUGGAUUCGAGGAUGCAAACGAGGAGUCAGACAAGGUGUACCAAAAAGACUAUGUACAAAAAAUUCGCCACGAAUCGUUACGCAUUUCUGUUAUUCAGCGGUUAGAAACCUACCUGGGCCUGAGCCCUACUGGUGCAAGUGCACAAAUGUACGCUAAGGACGAGGACGCCGAUGACGAAGACGAAGUCAAUGUACCGUUCGAGCCAUUCAAAGAUCUUUGCAAACGACGGUUCCUAUGGUACCACCAAUCGUAUCUGGAUGCAAUCACCAAGGGCAAGUCAGAGGUCAAGCUGCAGGAUAACUUUGUGCGGAUGCCGUUCGAGAUGCCAGGCAAUAACUGCAUGGAGGGAAAAUUCAACUACCCCGAUCUUGAGCGACGGCUUAGCAAUAUUAAAGCCAAGCUUGACGCAGAGCCAGAUGCCUGGGCGGAAGAAGGUCUGGCAGCCGUUGCCAAAGAGUCCACUGUCGCCGUCAACCUACAGCAUCAGUAUGAGCAAGCCACGGCUUACUUCAAAAAGAGCGACAUGCCUCACGAUGUGACGCUCGAAGACGGCAACCCCUUUGUGUGGAUAAUCACCUACUUUGGUCGACCCAUGACCAACCUCGACGGCGGCUUGUUCCGCAUCAGAAUGAAUUUCAGCACCCGAUUCCCUGACGAACAACCGCGCGUCAAGUUUGAGACUAAAAUAUUCCACCAUCACGUUGCACCCGACGGUACGGCUUGCUACAUACCGAAUCCAUUGAAGCGCGAAGAUGUCAAAUCCCACAUUGAGGCCAUCAUAGCGACACUAGAAGAGGACGAGCCAGCCUACGAUCCCAGAAUGAUUGUCAACCCCGAAGCAACCAAGCUCUAUUGGGGCAGCGGAAAGGACGAUAAGAAGCAGUAUAACCGCCGUCUACGGCGUUCAGUCCAGCAGAGCAUGGAAGAUUUUCCCGAAUAA